GAAGCUGAACGUAAAGAACUAGAGGAACUUAAGAAGAAAGAAAAAGCUCGUAAGGCUAAGGAAGAAGCAGAUAGAAAGGCGAAAGAAGAAGCAGAUAGAAAGGCUAAGGAAGAAGCUGAUAGAAAGGCGAAAGCAGCAACACCAUCGCCAACUCCAUCUCCUUCACCAUCUCCAUCUCCUUCACCAUCACCAACUCCAUCGCCAUCUCCAUCUCCUUCACCAUCAAUAGCGGCUCCUGUGAGACAAUUUGGUGCAUGGGGUGCUGAUUUAGUCAAAGAUGCUGCACAAGGAAUUGGAAAGGAACUGAAGAACACAACAUUAGGUACAAUAGAGCGUUUUGGUAAUCUUACGGAUUACACAAUUAGAUCAGCUGCUAAUCUUUUAUAUAACCAGACUACUGAUAACGGUACUGAUGAAUUGGCUGUAAACGGACUAGCAUCAAUUAAGAAAUCAGCAGAAGAUAAAUACGAUGAAUGGAAAAAGAAUAUUAAGGGUGAAUAUAAUAAGUAUGCAUAUCCUGAAGAACAUAUGAAGUUAGAGCUUACCAGACUAAGAUCAAAAUAUGGUAAUGAAACAACAAAUACUACAACGCAAACGACGAAAGCUGACAGAAAGAUUGAUGACACUCCUACUCCAACUCCUGCAAUGGCGAACAUCACAACAAUUGCUCCAAGAGUUCCAACAGGAGAAGGUAUAUCAGGAAAUGUUUCAACUACUCAUAACAUUACUGAAGCAGCUAAUGUUUCAGCAGUUGAGCAACCUGUUGUUAAUGUAACUCAGGAAAACGCUACUGAAACAUCAACACCAAGACAGGAUGUAAAUAAUGAACGUCCAGAAGUUAAGGAGGUUGCAAAAGCAUACCUGGAGAAAAAUACUACACAAGUUCUUGAAGCAGAAAAGCAUCUCAAUUCAGACAAAACACCAUCUCCAACUCCUGAAGCAUCAGUUCCUCCAGCAAUUGGUGGAAAUAUACCUUCAGUAUCACCAUGGCAGAAAUUUUAUGGAUUGUUUAAAGGAGCGAAUAAGGUAAUGGAUGCUGCUGAGAAUCUCCAAAAGUUCAAGAAUGAAGUCGCAACUGGUGCAAAGGAAAUAGAAGAGAAUGAUAAACAAGCUGCUGAAUUAGCUAAACAACAAGCUGAAGCAACUAAACAAGCAGCAGCUCCUAAACAAUCUAUAUCUAAGUCUCAAAGACAAGGUCCUGACCCAAGUGCUAAAGUCAAACAGAAUCCAACACCACCUGCAGCAGAGAAGUCCAAGAAGGACAAGGACAAGAAGAAGGAUAAAUCAAAGAAGGACAAGGACAAGAAGAAAGAUAA